AUGCAAGACAAAUGCUGCUAUUGUCAUUCGUGGGAGAGUCUUGGCAAGGAUUGGCAGAUACCCUUGAUACAUCCAAUUCACAAACGGCCCUCAAUCGUCCUGGCCAUCUCACAAUACCUGCAUGCACUCAACACAACCCAACCCCGCAGAUUUGAGCUCAACAUCAACUGCAUCCAACACCAGCUCGAAAUUGCCACGGGCAAUGGCGCCAUCUCCAAACAGGGCCGUUGA